AUGACGAUCUGCACCGAGAUCAUACCAGGACAGUUCUCGUCCCUGGGCCGGCAGACCGAGCGGUCGCUGCAGAGGCUUCGCACUCACGUGGAAGCCGCCGAUCAGGCGUUCCAGCGAUCAACCGCUGCCACGCCUGUCAGCAGAGAUGGCAAGAGAGACGGCAAGAAGAAGGAGGCCGAGGAAGCCGUGGACGAUGCGCAGAUGCGAAAGUCUGCGAGCAUGAAGUCCCUUGCGUCGGUGCAGUCGCCGACGUCACCGAAGUCGCUCAUGUCCACCAUGACGUCCUUGAAGUCUCUCAAGUCCAUGAAGUCCAUGGCGUCGCAGGUCUCUGCGUCCUCCGCAGCGAGCACGGACGCCGAGACUACGGCGUCUUCUGCAGCUCUUGGGGACACAGCGGACCUGUCAGGUAGUGCGUCGCCGAAGCCGACGCCUGCAUUUACUUCACAAGGUCAGGAUGAGGGCAACUUCUGCGAGACAGCACGGGCACUCUUCGGCCGCUUCAUGCAUCCCAACAACAUCGAGACGCCGGAAGCAGGACACUACCGCGUCUCCCACAGCUUUACCAAAGUGCGCUCCCCGCUCUGGGAGUUCGGUGCCCGGGCGAAGCACGUCCCGAGGAAGCAGCGAGAAGCGGACUCUGGAAUGGAGCUUGGGGAGACUUGGUCUAGCUUCUCCAAGGCGUACGAGCCUGGGCUGCGCGACGGCUACCUGAAGCUGGCCACCUCGAGGCCAGAGCCCGCAGACGCCUGCCACUAUGGCAUGACCUUCGCACCGGAGCAUUACGGGGCCUGGGCCACUCUGGAUGCUGCUUCCUCGUCGUCAGUUCGGCAACCCGCGUGGGACUUCAAGAGACACAUGCAUGGGCAUACUGCAGACUUUGCCAUGAACUUCCCGUUUUUUGAGCCGGGGAAGUACAACGUCAAGGAUCAGUACACCUGCGCCGGCCUGCCCUUUUCCAAGGGCCUGAGCCGCUCGCAGUCGGCGGGAGAGGUUUCGCAGGACCGGGCUCACGGCUAG